AUGGAUGCCCCAGCCCACCCGCGCCGGGGGCGGCACCACGCCUCGGAGCCGCGGCGCCCCGCGAGGGACGCGUUCGGCUCGCCGUCUGCGUUUGCGAAGAACCUGCAUGUCACCGCUGGACGUCCCAUCACGCUUCUCGCGCAGAACUUCUCCUACGCAGUCCGGCAGAAGAAGCCGCUGCCCUGCGUGCCCACGGCGCACGUGUGUCUGCCGGCGACCGGCGCGGGCGCCAGUCGCCGGCGCGCGGACGCGCUCGCGGGCGACGAGGCGGCGCCUGCGCCCGCCCCCACCAACGGCGUCCGCGACAGUCCCGACGCGACCCGCCGCCGCGACUCCGCAGCCGCUGCAGAGGCAGAGUGCGGAGCCGACCUCGAGAGCGGCGCGCGCGCGAGAGAGCGGGGUCAGGAGCCCGUGGAACAGGGGAGGCAACAGGGGAGGCGAGGCGCCGCCGCCGCCGGCCUGGAGCCGGCGGAGAAGCAGAAGGAGACGGCGACGGGAGCGCCGGGCGCAAGCGCCUCCUCGGCGCCGCUCAAGGUGAUUCUCAGCGACAUCGAUCUGUACGCCAAGCCUGGAGAGAUGCUUGUCAUCAUGGGCCCCAGCGGCUCGGGAAAGACGACGCUGCUCAACGCGCUCGCCGGACGGUCGCCGCCGUCGUCACGCGUCGUGCAGGGAGGGUCGCUCACGUAUAUCGGGCUUCGCCCUGGGGAGCCCCUCUCGGCGGUGUCGACCUACGUGAUGCAGAAAGACAAAGUCCCCGAACUUCUCACUGUCAUGGAGUAUGUCACGUUUUUUUCGCGUCUCAAGAUGAAGGAUGCAAAUGAGGAGGAGCGGGCUGAGCGUGUGGAGGUUGUCCUGCGGGAGCUAGGCCUCUGGAGCAGUCGGUUCACGCGCGUGGGAGGAAGCGCCCAGAAGGGUCUCAGCGGCGGAGAGGUCAAGCGCCUCGCCCUCGCCGUCGAGCUCCUUCACAACCCUUCCCUGAUUUUCCUCGACGAGCCGACCAGUGGACUCGACGCCGCGCUCGCCUUCGAAACGAUGAAGCUUCUUCUGCGUCUCGCGCGUCAGGGCGGGCGAACUAUCGUCUGCACCAUUCACCAGCCGCGCAGUCAGCUGUUUGCGAUGUUCGAUCGGCUGAUUCUGAUGUUUGAGGGCCGAAUAGUGUACCAGGGACCCGCGCGGCGGUGCGUGUCCUACUUUGCGAAACGCGGCUUUCACUGCCCGCCGCAGUUCAAUCCGGCGGACUUCAUCCUGGAUCUCCUCAACGUGACGACCCUCACGGGUAGCGCGCCGCUCGUCUGUCCGCAGUCGGAGGCCUCGCUGAGCGCUCAGUCGCUCCUCGAGGCCGAGCUCGAAGUCGUCCACUCUGAAGAGAAUCAGCGCCUGCAGGAGCUGAAGCAGGCGCGCAGCGCCAGCGACACCGUAGGCGCCACCGCUGCGGAGGAGGGGCGACGACCGCCGCGGUCGCAGACGGGCGCGGCGGACGAGGCGUCGGACGCGGGGGCGGCGGAGCCGGGCGAGGCCGCAGCCGAGGGCGACGAGCAGCGGACUACGACGCGGACAUCCGGCGCCGAGGGCCCCGCGGCGUCUGCGUUUUUCGACGACGACCGGCCGCUGCUGCUCGCGGGCGCGGCGACCGCCAAGGAGGAGGAGGCGCCCGCGCCGCACGACAAGCGUCCGUGGGUCGCGGUGCCCUACGCGCGUGUGCACGGCGGCGAGAAGGAGCGUGGCGCAGCGCGGCAACCCUCUCUUUCGCGGCACACCGGCGGCGGCCUGCGGGUGCGUCGGACCGCGCCGAGCGCCGCGGAGGAGUCCCUGGCCUCCGGGGGCGGGGACCCUGCGCGCGACGGGGUGUUGGAAGUCCGGAAGGCGGUCUCGGUGCUGUCCGUCGCGUCCGCGGCGCAGUCGGAGAUGGAGGGCGCGAACGAGAAGGCGGCCUCGGGUGUGUGGAGCACGCAGGCGACGUGCAAGUCGGGCGACGUCGCCCGCGAAGAAGACGGCCGCGACCGCGCCGCCCAAGCGGGGCUCGCCGCCGCGGCUGGCAGGAGUCGCGGCUUCCUCGACGCCGAAGAGCAGCCCGGCGAAAUCCACCGAGUCCUCGUGGACGAGCGAGACGUGAAGCUGCUGGCAGAUUUCUACGCUGCCAGCGGCGAACGCGAGGCGAUCCAAGAAACGAUCGACGAAAUCCUCGCCGCCGCAGACCCCGAGCAAGUCAAACCCGGCGCCAAGAGCGGAGUCGUCCUCAGACUUCUCAGGCAACCGGGAUGGUCUGACUGGUGGCGAGAAGUCGGGGUCCUAGUGCAAAUGGGGUUUUUGAAUUUGCUGAGGAAUCCGAUGAGCUCCCUCGUUCAGCUCGGUCUGAACCUCCUCUUUGGCCUGAUUUUUGGCAUGAUUUUCUACGACAUUCCAGGGCAAGGUUACUCGUUUGAUUCAGGGAAGAACUUCCUGGGCUGCAUUUUCUUCCUCGUCUCGCAGCUCGUCUUUGGUCCCCUCGACGCGCUUGUGCUAUUCUGUGAAGAUCGCGAGGUCUUCAACAGGGACACUGCGAAUGGGAACUACUCUCCCUCCGCCUUUUUCGUCGCCAAGUCGCUGGCGAAUAUGCCGUUUCAGCACGGGCCUCUCACCUGCGUGAUGCUGCUCGCCUACUGGAUGUGCGGCUUGUACAGAGACGCCGUGCGUUUCUUCGUUUUCCUCGGCGUCGGUCAGCUGGCGAUCUUCGCAUCGACGUCACUGCUCUUUUCCAUUUCCUCCGCAUCGCCACGGCUGGCUGUGGCGCAAGCAAUCGCUCCCAUUGUGCUUCUCAUUCUCCUCCUCGUCUCGGGUUUCUACAUUCGCGCCGACGAUAUCCCGGCGUGGAUCCGCUGGGUGAAAUAUCUGUCGCCGAUUUACUACGGCUACGUGGCUGUGGCACUGAACCAGUUUCCUCCCGAAGAGUACUGGGGCUCGAUUUCAAAUCGCGAGCUGCUCGAGUCCUACGGAGGCAUCACGACGACGGAUAUCGGCCUCUACGUCGGGCUGCUCGCCCUGCUUGGAUGCGUCUUCCGUAUGCUGGCCUUCUUCUCUCUCAAGUACAUGAAUCGGCACAUCGGUCUCGAGGCUUGA